AUACGAUUGGAUAAUAACGUUCCCUCACAUCAUCAACAGUGGCGUUUCUACCUUUCUUUUUCGAUUGCGCGGUGUUGGAGUUUGUUUUUAGCGAGCUAACGUAGCUUACAUGUAUUUAUUUGUGUAAGUUUAUGGACAUUUGACGAACCUGACACAUAUAGUUCGCCUUGAUUGAUCAAUAGAAUGCAUUGAUUCGAGAUUUAAGAAAAUAGUAGCUUUGCGCUGUUUAUUUUUCGCCUCAUUGUUUCGCGAGUUCGGGAUGUUUUUAUCCUCAACAUGGAGACAAAAAGAGGGGAGAUUCCCAACGGCGUAUUGGACGACCUCUGCAGUCGAUUCAUCCUCCACAUCCCUAGUGAAGAGCGAGACAAUGCUAUCCGCGUGUGCUUCCAGAUCGAGCUUGCCCAUUGGUUCUACCUGGACUUCUGCAUGCAAAAUGCACCAGGAUUACCUCAGUGCGGGAUAAGGGACUUUGCCAAGGCUGUUUUUAAUCAUUGUCCAUUCUUGCUGCCCAAUGGGGAGGAUGUACAGAAGGUUCUAGAACAGUGGAAGGAAUAUAAGAUGGGUGUUCCAACCUAUGGUGCCAUUAUUCUAGAUGAGUCGCUUGACAAUGCAUUGCUGGUUCAGGGCUAUUUGGCCAAGUCAGGGUGGGGCUUUCCAAAGGGAAAAGUCAAUGAAGAUGAGGCUCCCCAUGUUUGUGCUGUACGAGAGGUUAUGGAGGAGACGGGUUUCGAUAUCAAAGAUCGCAUCUGCAAAGAUACGUACAUCGAGCAGAAAAUCACUGAUCAGUUGGCCCGAUUGUACAUAAUACCUGGGGUACCCAAGGAGACGAAGUUCAACCCCAAAACAAGGAAGGAGAUAAGAAACAUUGAGUGGUUCCCGAUUGAGAAACUACCAUGUCACAGAAACGACAUGACUCCCAAGUCUAAACUUGGACUCGCCCCCAACAAGUUUUUCAUGGCCAUUCCUUUUGUCAGACCACUUCGAGAAUGGAUUGCCAAGCGUAAAGGAGAGUCUACAGACAGUGAUGAGGAUUUUGCAUCCAAUGGCAGCACUCCAUGCAAACCUCUGGACAAAGCACGCUCCAAGCAUCGACGGGCCCAGAUGUUGCCUGAGGCAUCUCCAGCAGAGGGGUGGGGGAAGCAGAAGCAACCCAAGCCUCUGGGACAGCUGAGCCAAUACGAGGUCUCUGAACUCUUGAAAGCCAAGAACCUCAAUGUGAAAGGCAAUGGGAAGAAGCACCAGGAUUCUCCCAACCUGAAGAAAAGGGCCAAUGGAGUCGGCAACCAGCAGAAAGAGGAGAAGAGACUUCAGCCCAGGAGACUACAGGACAACUUCGACACAGAUGCAGCACUGCAAUCUGACACGUGCAGCUCCACCAAUGGGCAGCAGGUGGUCUGCAACAGCAACUGUGAACACCUCUCCUCCAGGUCCUUCCUCAACUUCAAGUUUGACAGGGAGGCCAUCAUGAAAUGCUUUGACUCCUGAAAUAGCCAACGGACACCUUGGUCGUGUUCAGUAGGGACCAAAAGGAAGUAAAUGCAUUUUUUUUUUUUUGCUUUUCGUUGUAUACCCUAAUGAACACGACCCUGGAAUGGCACACUAGCAGAUACUUCAGUUCUAUGGAAACGGCAGCCCCUCCAACCAUAUGGUUGAGAUGAAGAGUACUGACCACAUAUAUAAAAGCCUUCUGUUGUAGGUUUCAUUUUUUUCUCAAGCACAGAAAGGUGAACUUGGUGUCGCUGUUUGUUCAUUCAAGCCAAAUCCUUACUUUGGGAUUCUUAGUAACUUAGUUUCGCUUCCAGGAAAUCAUGCAGUGAUGUCAAUGGCAAAAAAAUAGGGAUGAACAGUUUGUACUCUUGUGCACAGAUCUCUAGUUAGGAUUCAGCCCAUAUGAUCCAGAUUUACUAAGCAUUUGCAUCAGGUGCAAAUGUUGUACCUGUAUUUUUAUAGAGGGAAUUAAUCACAGGAAGUAGUGGGGGGAGGGUUGAAAAUACAGGUUCUGAGAAGAAUAAUGGUAAAGGUAGAUUUAAAGGUUAAAUGAAGAUAGAGUUUUAACUUUGGGGUUUCAUCCCCUGUUGACACGAACAAAGCAUAUGUUUAGUAAAUCUGGGCAGUGAGUGAUGUCGGCGCCAUAACUUGCCAAUUUCAGUGUUUUUUUUUUUUGUGUGUUUUUUUUGUCUAAUUUUAAUGGACGACAUAGUCCAACUUUGGUCAGUUUCACCGCCUUACCAACUGAGCUCCCGAUUGAUGUUUUAGGGCAGUGGUUCCCAACCAGGGGUCCUAAGAUCACUUGGGGUACGUGGUCUAUCCACAGGGGGUACUUGAGAAGACUCAUGAGACCAUAGGACUGCUGGUAAAAUGCACAUGAGGGGGUACUCCGGGUAGAGCGAAAUUCAUUUGCAGUGGUACAGUAACCGAAAAAGGUUCGGAACCACUUUUUUUUUUUGUGUGUGUGUGUAUAGCUGGUGUGAACUGAUCUGAGGCUAAGCACAGAGUACUGUACAUUGUGCUUCUACGCUUUAUCCCCAAAGUCAUAGAGCUGGUGUAGAUGGUCUUGUACAGGCAGUCAUGUUGAAUGGCUCAAGCUGUGUCCGCUCCAAGUAGCCUCGUCCUACCAACUGUGAUGCCAAUGGCCGCGUUCCAGGUCAAGCUUCUUUUUUUGCAGUCGUGCAUCUCAGAAGAUUGCUAUAUGAUACGAAUGUGGUUUCCACAAUGUUAAAUGUGAUUUUUUGCGCAGUACGACUGCAAUAAAGACAACCUGGUACGUG